AUGGCCGCUCUCGACUCCUGGGUCCAAUCUGACGCGUAUCAUAACAAGCAUCUUCUCGGAGAUGAUACCAUCCUCGAGCAAGUCCUAAAAAACAGCGAAGAGGCAAAUUUAAUGCCCAUUGCGGUCAGCGCUGCCCAGGGCAAAUUCUUGAACCUCCAAAUACGUGCGCUCGGCGCAAAGAAUGUCCUCGAAGUUGGGACCCUUGGAGGUUACUCUUCCAUCUGCAUGGCUCGCGCCCUACCUGAGGAUGGAAAACUAGUCACACUGGAGAUCGACCCCCAUACUGCCGAAGUCGCACGCAAAAAUAUUGAAUUGGCGGGACUAAGUGGUCGCGUUGAGGUUAAAGUCGGCCCAGCAGCUGAGGUUUUACCGUCUCUUGGACCAGAUCAUUCCUUCGACUUCGCCUUCAUCGACGCAGAUAAGAUAAACAAUGCUCUUUACUUCAAAGAGGCCCAACGUGGCGUGGUAAUUGUCGAUAAUGUGGUACGCAGGGGGCGAGUUGCUGAUGAGAAAAUCAAGGACGAGGACGAUUCAGCUGCUAAAGGAGUACGCGAGCUACUUCGUUACGUUCAAAGCCAACCCACGGUGGAAGCUACUACCAUAGCCACAGUCGGAGAGAAAGGCCACGAUGGAUUCAUGUAUGCCAUUGUUGGCCUUCGUGGAUCAACACGUUUGUAG